UCUGACAAGGUCAGUCACCGUUUCCAGAUUUCCUUUCACUUUAAUACUCCAUCUUUAACUUUUUUUCUUAAGAAAACUCUUUUUUGCUUCAUUACUACUGUUUAUCAACCAUUCAUAUGAGCAUCAAAAAUUAAACAAAUUAAAGACCCAAUUGAAGGAAAAGUCUUGUUGACCCAAUUAUAUCAAAAAUUUCAUGUGGAUUUCUCAAUAACCCAGGCAGAGUUGGUAGGAAACGAAUUGAAAUCGAUAAUAAUCUGGUCAAGGCGGUGCCUCUUGGUCGUCGAACAAAUAUCCGAUCUCUGGCUUGUGCUGUGCAUAUGUCAGCAUCAACUGUGUUUCGGCGUUACAAAGAAGGAGCUAUAAGGGCACACACCAAUGCCAUAAAACCUCAUUUGACAGAGAACAACAAAAAAGGCAAUGAUUCAAUUCUGUUUAUCAAUGAUUGUAUCAAGUACACUUCGUUCGAAUCCUAUGUUUUUAGACAUGUAUAACUAUGUCCAUAUUGAUGAAAAAUGGUUCUUUCUAACCGAAACAAGUGAAAGGUAUUAUUUUCUCCCUGAAGAAGAAGAAGAAGAAGAAGAAGCAAACCCUUAUAGGUCUUGCCAAAGUAAGAAUUUUAUAACGAAAAUUAUGUUUAUGGCUGCUGUAGCACGCCCUAGGUAUGACGAAGAUGGAAUAGAGUUGUUUUCAGGGAAAAUAGGAAUCUUUCCUUUUGUUUUCCAAGGACCAGCUAAAAGGAAUAGCAAAAACCGAGUGGCGGGAACUUUGGAAACAAAGCCUAUUUUAUCUGUCACUAAAGAUGUCACUAGGAGUUGUUUAAUUGAAAAGGUUCUUCCAGCGAUUCGAUCAAAAUGGCUGCUUGCACAUGCAAAUGCUCCUAUUUUUAUCCAACAAGAUAACGUAAGACCUCAUCUUAGCGUCAACGACUUAGAAUUUAAUGAAGCUGCCAAACAAGAUGGUUUUGAUAUUAGGUUAUGCUUUCAACCUCCUAAUAGUCCGAAUAUGAAUGUUUUGGACCUCGGAUUCUUCAGAGCUAUUCAAUCCCUUCAGUAUCAAAGGGCUCCUUUAACUAUUGAUGAGCUAAUAGAAGCAGUUGAGAAAUCUUUUGAUGAGAUGGAAGUUCAUAGACUGAAUCAUGUGUUUCUCACUCUACAGUCUUGCAUGGUCGAGGUGAUGAAAGAUAAAGGUGGGAACAACUACAAAAUCCCACAUAUGAACAAGGAAAAAUUAGAAUGAGGAGGAAAUCUUCCUAUUCAAGUUUGUUGUGACGUUGGCGUAGUUAAUGAAGCUGUAGCUCUACUUCAGAUGUGAUACAGAUGUCAAGGCUAUUUUGCAACUUUAUUGUAAAGGCUCUCUGUUUUGUGAACUUAACCAUCAUGUAGUUUUUGUAUGACCUCUCUUUUUGCUUGACUUGUGUAUUUAAAGAAGUUAUGAAGAUCAAGUCUGUAGUUUCUAUGAACUCCUCUCUUGUAAAGACUAUGAAUUUAUAAGUUGGGAUCUGUAAUCCCAAAUGGUUACUGA